AUGGCCCCAAUUUCUGGUAAAAAGAAAGCCAGUGAUGAUUUUAUCUUGACACUAUCAGACGACGAAAACGACGUCGCCCUUGAUGAUACAAAGGAAUUUGGCCUAGGGACGACUGAAUCAUUGAAAAGGAGUUUUAAAGCUUCGGGCGGCGCAAAACGGAAAAGGGACGAUGAUGUAACCGUGAACGGAGGGCAGAAUAAGAAGUCGAAGGGGACCGAGAUAAAGAAGGGUAAACCCGACAGCUGCUAUAAUGAUGCUAGCCUUGAAUAUACGUCACAGUCUGAUCACGAUGCAAAUGGAGAUGAUGAUGGUGCAUUGGAUCCUGAUUUCGAGUUCGAUGUUGGAGGUGCGGCAAUUGCGGACUUCGUAGAGGACUUUGAUGGCUGGGCAGUUAAUGAGCGGCCUGGGAUGAAAACUGAUGGCAAUAGGAAUAAAACAUCAGUGGAUAUUGAUGAUAUAAUCUCCCGGAGGCAACAGAAGAUGAAGGAGAAAUUAGACAAACGGAGAAAGGAGCUACAAAAGAAAGAGGAAGAAAAGUCGGAAGAGGAGUUCAAUGGCAUCUAUUCGCAGGAUGAAGAGGAGCAAGCCGGUGCUGUUGAUCUCGAAGACGACGAGCUAUUGGCCCCUGAUGCAUUUGGUAUGGGAGCUGGCAUCGGAGCGGAGGAGGAAGAGGAUGACGAAUCCGAGGAUGCUGAGAAUACAUCCGAACCCGAUUCCGACGAUGAAGCCGAUUCCGACAACGACUCGGUUGCAUCUCCCGUGGCACAUCCCGACGAUAUUGGGUCAGACGAUGGCUCAGGCGAUGAAAGUGAAAAUCCUGCUGAAGUCGAAAAGCAAAAAGCUUUCUUUGCCCCCGAAGAUACCACAUCAACCAACGACAACCUGGAGACUGCAAAAUCCUUCCAGGCCUUUUCACUCUCGAGGCCAAUAUUACGUGGCCUCACAUCAGUCGGUUUCACCACUCCGACUCCUAUUCAACGGAAAACAAUACCUGUUGCCCUGCUUGGCAAGGAUGUCGUUGGCGGUGCUGUUACGGGUUCCGGUAAAACUGGUGCCUUCAUCAUUCCCAUCCUAGAACGCCUUCUUUACCGCCCCAGGAAAGUCCCUACUAGCCGCGUCGCAAUCCUGAUGCCUACUCGAGAACUGGCUGUUCAAUGUUGCAACGUCGCUACUAAGCUUGCAACAUACACCGAUAUUACAUUCUGUCAGCUAGUCGGAGGUUUCAGUCUCAGGGAACAGGAGAACAUCCUUAAAAAGAGACCUGAUGUCAUUAUUGCAACCCCCGGUCGAUUUAUCGACCAUAUGAGAAACUCUGCCAGCUUCACAGUAGAUACUUUGGAAAUUCUUGUCCUCGACGAGGCAGAUCGAAUGCUGGAGGACGGAUUCGCCGACGAACUGAAUGAGAUUCUGACGACAAUUCCCAAAUCUCGACAGACUAUGCUUUUCUCCGCCACAAUGACAAACACCAUCGACAAACUCAUUCGAGUGGGCCUUAACAGACCAGUCCGGUUGAUGGUAGAUGCUCAGAAGCAGACUGUUGGGACUCUGGUACAAGAAUUUGUCAGGUUACGACCAGGCAGGGAAGAUAAGCGGUUGGGUUACCUCAUUGCUCUCUGUAAGACAGUUUGUAAGGAUCUUGUUAUUAUAUUUUUCCGCUCCAAAAAGGAGGCGCAUCGUGUCCGGAUAAUUUUUGGUCUUUUUGGACUUAAAUCUGCGGAGCUCCAUGGAAGCAUGAGUCAAGAACAGGCAAGUUUCGCCAUCGCUUCAGGCACUUUAACCACUGAUCUGGGACACGAACUAAUGUUGUCCAAUAGCGUAUCAAAAGUGUGGAAAGCUUUCGAGAUGGGAAGAGGUCUGGAUAUCAAAGGUGUCGAAACCGUUAUUAACUACGAAGCCCCGCAGUCACACGAAAUUUAUCUGCAUAGGGUGGGUCGUACGGCGCGUGCAGGGCGCUCAGGACGUGCGUGCACGAUUGCUGCAGAAUCAGACAGAAAAGUAGUCAAAGCUGCUGUGAAAACCGGUCGAGCUCAAGGGGCAAAAAUUGUAAGCCGACUCAUCGACGUCGCAGAAGCCGACAAGUGGGCCGCCAAGGUAGAGGAGAUGGAGGACGAAGUCAAAGAGAUCCUCAAGGAGGAAAAGGAGGAGAAGCAACUAGCUCAGGCGGAAAUGGAAGUGACCCGCGGCAGCAACCUCAUUAGCCAUGAAAAGGAUAUCAUGUCAAGGCCGAAGCGCACAUGGUUUGAGAGCGAAAAGGAAAAGCUGCAGGCUAAGCAGCGAGCUCUUGAGGAACUGAAUGGGCCGAGUAAGAAGAAGAAAGGCAAGCUUAGUGGCAAAGACAAAAAGAAACUGGACGAUAGUCGGGAGAGGAAAGAAGGCAAGGUCUGGAAGAAGGGCAAAACUGAGCGGGAGAGCCAACUGAAGAAGGGUCCAGGGAAAGGAAAAGGCAAGGGUCAACCAAAGGCUGGAGGGAAGAAAACCCCCAUUAAGCGGUGA